AUGCCACCAGUAGAUACCGACGAGCAUCAUCGACCUGUCCGGGUUGGCAAAGUUCUCAAUGACCGUCUGCCAUACGAUCACGACAUCCUGCACCGACUUCAGGAUGCACAAAAGGAUGAGAACGAUGACGAGCCAUGUGAAGCGAUACCUGUUGACGAGGAAGGAAGAGAAGAUCAGUAUUGGUAUUCUUCGUCGGCGACAAGGCCGUCGCUGGGAGGUGCGGUGGUGGUAUUAGACAUGGUGGAUGGUAGUGGAGCGAGUUGUGAUAAUCCUCCUUCACAAAAUUACACGGAUGGAGACAGGCUGGCCUUGGAAGGUGAGGUGGAGUUCUUGCGCAAGACUACGCUGCAGUCUCGUACAAGAGCAGGGGCA